AUGGACGUAUAUCCCCCUAACGUCCAAGAUAGAACGCUUGAGUUUCUCCAGUGUGUGUCAACUUUCAAUAAGCAGAAUCACAACAAAAUAUCCACAGCGACUACGCAUAAUGGUCCUACAAAAUCUCAGCGGAGCGAAUUUACUCGGAAGGCUGGUCUUAUCGCUAAAGACAUUGCACGAGUCACCAGUUCUUUAGGGAAGCUGGCAGCACUUGCAAAGCAGAAACAACUAUUUAACGAUAAACCCACCGAUAUGAUUGAGUUGACAUAUGUUAUCAAGCAAGACAUAUUCAAAAUCGAAAGAUCGUUGAAAGAACUUCAACAAUCGAGCGUAACCAAAUCAUCUGGAGAUAAUCAGAUUAACACAUAUACUAAGAAUGUUGUGCAGCUACUGAACACAAAAGUGAAAAACGUUAGCGAAACGUUUAAAGAGGUGUUGCAAACGAGACAGCGCAAUGAGCUAGCAAAAAAAUCCCGCCAAGAACAACUACUCGCCUCUGUAAAUGGAUCGAUCAAAGACACGGGAGUAAAUGGCAAAAGUAAUGAAGUGCUGCCAUACGCUUUGCGAAAGAAAGGAACACAAAUUUCGGAAAAUCCUUUUCUAUCUUCGAUGGAACAAGAUCCGGGUGUGUCGGUCCCAAGUCAGGACUAUCUAUCAAUACCAGAUCAAUCACAGCAACUCAUGCUACUUGAGGAACAGAGUAAUCAAUACCUACAGGAAAGAAAUAGAGCAGUGGAGGCAAUUGAGUCUACAAUUAAUGAAGUUGGUGGUUUGUUCCAGCAAUUAGCCACAAUGGUUCAAGAGCAGGGCGAGGUUAUACAAAGAAUAGACAACAACGUUGAAGACAUUAGUCUCAACAUCAGCGGAGCACAGAGGGAACUUCUGAAGUACUACAACACCGUAACCAGUAAUAGGUGGCUGAUGGUGAAGAUCUUUGGGAUUCUCAUAUUGUUCUUUUUGAUGUGGGUUCUUAUCAGCUAG